UAAAUAACUCUUAACUGAUCUUACCGGGGUAAAGAAACACCAAAGAAAUCGCGUUGAGGUGUAGAAAUCUAGAAUCUAACAACGAUAAUGGCUAGCACAGGAGAAAAUCAAAUUCAGGACAAAGCAACUCGCUUUAAAGAAAAACACUCAUUAGAUAGUGAUGAAGAAGAUGAUAACACAAAGUACGACGUAUUAGCUGAAGAUGACAUUGAAGGUCAGGAAGAGGCUACUGUUGAAUUUGAUGAAAAUAUCCAGAUUACCCCUUUUAAUAUGCGAGAAGAGCUUGAAGAAGGACACUUUGACACAGAAGGAACCUACAUUUUUGAUAAGACAAAGGAAAUUCAUGACAAUUGGAUUGACAAUAUUGACUGGGUCAAAGUGAAGCACACUAAGCCAGAAGACGCCAAUAAAAAGCGGCCAUUUGAGUAUAGUGAUGACUCUGACGAUGAGAGUGAUGAAGAGAAAAGAAAGUCGAGCACAAUACAAACAUAUGAAGAAAUUAUCAAGAUUCUACAUGAGGGAGAAACUGUGGCUAAAGCCAUAAGAAGAUUAGCCAAAAACAAGUCAAAGAUUCCUUCUGCCAGUCAAAAAUGGAAGAAUAAAAAAUUGAAAACUGGGUCUAAGGCAUCAGAUGAAGAUCAAAACGCUAUAGAUAGUGCAGUCGCAGAACAGAAGGAAAUGUUGAGGCUAACUGAGUUAUCUGACCAGCUUGUGCAGCAAGGACUCAUUGAGAUCUAUGAAACACCAUAUGAAAGGAUCGCUUUUUCAUUGAAACAGUUGAAAGAUAAGACAUCAAGACUGACAGUAGCUGAAUCUAUGAAAGAUGAUGAUGCUCUAGACAUGUUUGCUGAGGACUUUGAUACAAAGGAGGCAGGGAAGAAGGCCAAAGUAACAGAUGGUGAUUCACAGGGAGAACAGUCUACGCAAAGUAAACCGUCAGAUGAAUUUAAAGAACCUUAUCUGCCAUCAGCAUCUCCAUCAUCAUCAACAAAAAAAGAUUCUGAGAUAAAGACAGAAAAUAAUGGAGUUCUGUGGGAGUAUAAAACAGAAAACACAGACGAUUCAGAAAUCAAAGGCCCCUUCACCACAUCGCAAAUGAUCACAUGGGCAGAGGAGGGUACAUUUGGCAAUGGGGUGUUCUGUCGCAAAUACAAGAGUGAAGGACAAUUUUACAACUCCUCCAGAUUAGAUUUUGAUUUGUAUGAAUGAUGUACAUGAUCUUUUUCUACACUUUUGAAAUAUAAGAAUUAUGUUAAGAAGUGUAAAUUGCAAUUUAUUCAUCUGAAUAAGGUAUGUAAUUUUUUUAAAAGUGUUAUUUAGGAAUAAAGCUGCAUUUAUAAUUGUAUGUUAUUAAUGUGAAUAAUG